UUCCCAGUAUAUUCAUCUGUGCCCAGAAGAACACGGAGAAAGUCAGCAUGAGUACUACAGGGAAAGUUAUCAGGUGCAGAGCAGCCAUACUCUGGAAGCCUGGUGCACCAUUUUCCAUUGAAGAGGUGGAAGUGGCCCCACCAAAGGCAAAGGAAGUUCGCGUAAAGAUCGUAGCCACGGGGUUCUGUGGUACAGAGAUGAAAAUGCUGAAGAGUAAAACCCUUCACCAUGAUCGCUAUCCUAUCAUUAUGGGCCAUGAAGGAGCUGGAAUAGUCGAGAGUGUGGGAGAAGGAGUGAGCACAGUGAAAACAGGAGAUAAAGUCAUCACACUCUUUCUGCCACAGUGUGGAGAAUGUGCCUCUUGCCUUAAUUCUGAGGACAAUUUUUGCAAACAACUCAAACAGUCAGAAACCAACUUGAUGUCCGAUGGUACCAGUAGGUUUACCUGCAAGGGAAAACUAGUGUAUCACUUUGGGAAUACAAGCACCUUCUCUGAAUAUACAGUGAUAAAUGAAAUCUCAGUUGCCAAGGCUGAUGCAUUUGCACCUCUGGAGAAAGUAUGCUUAAUUAGCUGUGGUUUUUCCACUGGGUUUGGUGCUGCAAUCAAUACUGCCAAGGUGACCCCAGGCUCCACCUGUGCAGUAUUUGGCCUUGGAGGAGUCGGCAUGUCUGCUAUCAUGGGCUGUAAAGCAGCAGGAGCAGCCAGGAUAAUUGGAGUGGACAUCAAUAAAGACAAAUUUGAGAAGGCAAAGGAAGUGGGUGCCACUGAGUGCAUCAACCCACAGGACUAUGAGAAACCCAUUCAAGAAGUUUUAUUUGAGAUGACAGGCGAUGGUGUGGACUUUUGCUUCGAGGUCAUUGGAAAUCCAGAAACUGUGGCAGCUGCCCUGGCCUCCUGCCAUGAGAGCCACGGGGUCUGUGUGAUUGUUGGGUUGACGAUUGGUGACCAGCUCAACAUCAGUGGCCACUUGUUCCUCUCAGGACGUUCUUUAAAGGGAUCUAUUUUUGGAGGCUGGAAAAGCAGAAAGGACGUCCCUAAACUGGUUUCUGAUUACAUGGCAAAGAAGUUUAACCUAGAUCCACUAAUUACCCAUACUCUGAAUCUUGAUAAAAUCAAUGAAGCAGUUGAAUUCAUGAAAACCGGAAAAUGUAUCCGCUGUAUCCUGCUACUGUAAGUACGAUGUAAUGUAAGCAAGAUCUGCAGCAUAUUUCACCGACGAAAUCACAUCCUGUAUAAUUUCAUGAUUUAGAAGAUUUAUCUGCACAAUGCUGUUUCUAUUUUCUUGCCUCUGAUUCAUUCAGCAGUGGGCUCACAUCUACCUUCAACCCUCACCACUUCAAAAUUGUU